AUGCUGAUGGACGACCAAGAGUUCGCCUUCCACCUUGAGGACGCAGAACACCCUAUAAGUGGCCGCAGAGAUGUGCCCCAUGUUCUCAUUUCAGGUGGUGGCCUGGGGGGUCUGAUGCUCGCUCUUCUCCUGGAGAAGGCAGACAUCUCAUAUCUGAUCCUCGAGCGAGCCAAGGAGGUCAAGCCGCUAGGUUCUGUGAUGGCACUAUCCCCCGGGGUGCUCGGCAUCUUUGAGCAGCUGCACUUGCUCGAGGGCCUCAUGGGGGUAUCCAAACCGAUCAAUGACUUCAAGUUCUUCUCCGAUGACCUCAAGAGUAUCGGCCACCUCAAAGGCAGAGAAGAGAAAGACGAAACUGGAUACGAAAGGCUAGUGUUUUCUCGCCCUGAACUCUACGAUCUUCUCUUGGCAAAGAUCCCAGCCGAAAAGAUUCAUCUCUCAAAAAAGGUGGUCGCCAUGAUUCAGGACGAAGAUGCUGUCGCCGUGCGGUGUCAGGACAAGUCCGUCUAUGUUGCUGAUAUCUUGGUCGGAGCCGAUGGUGCAUACAGUGGAGUACGGCAGAGUCUAUACAGCAGACUUGAGAAAGAAAAGCUCCUACCUGAAUGUGACAAACGAUCGCUGAACAAGGGCUACUUUUGUCUGGUGGGAACAACGGACAGACUCGAUCCUGUGAGGUUCCCGCAGCUCAGGGAGGCUUACUCGGAUGCCUCGUGCGUUAUAUCUGACAACUCUCCUCAUUCGUGGAGUACAAUCUCGGUGCCCUGCGAUAGAGUUUGCUGGAGCCUGGUCAUUCAGUUGACCGCCAAGGAAUCCGAGGAAGAGCAGUUUAGGAAUUCGGAAUGGGGUCCCGAAGCUAAUGAGCCGAUGAUCAAGAGCGUGGCUCACUUCAAGACGCCCUAUGGCACGUUGGGAGAGCUCAUCAACGCCACACCCAAGGAGACUGUUUCUCGUGUUUUUCUGGAGGAUAUGCUGUAUCAGACAUGGCAUCAUGACCGAACGGUGCUCAUCGGCGAUGCAUGCCACAAGUUACUCCCAAGCACAGGACAAGGGUGUGUGAAUGCACUACAAGAUGCGGCAAUCCUAGCCAACUGUCUAUAUGACAUGAAGACAACCUCGAUCGAAGACGUCAAGGCGACUUUCGAGGACUACCAGGAACAACGCUUCGACCAUGUCAAGACUCAGUACGAGGCCAGUCAAUGGAACGCCAAAGUCAUCUAUGGCCAUUCAUUCUUGGAGCGCAUACUUCGACAGGGCACGCUCAAUCUGUUGCCGAAGAGUGUACAAAAGAGCCUAUCUGUCAAGGACUCAAAAUACAGACCUCAAGUGGCGUUCCUUCCUCGUGUUCCAGAUCGUGGAUCCCUCCCACCGUUUCCUCAAAAACCUUCCAGCAGAUACACUGAGGAGCAACAAGCGGUGCCUGUUUGA